UUCAGAAUUGUGUGAUGACCUGAAGUUAGACGUUAUGAGACGUGUUUACGUUGGGAUCGCCUACUGCCAUGGACUUCUAGUGCGUCCGCACGCAUUUCUACCGUCUUUGCUUUUGUUUUCCGCCGAAGAGUUUAAGGAAGCUUCCUCAGUUGAAGUUUCCUUUUUUGAAGCAUUAAUGGGACUAUGAACCUGGAUUCGCCCUCUUUUGCACUGAUUCACAUCAGUAAUCUUGUGGCGAAUUUAGCAAAAAAGAAUUAUAAAGUGUCAACUCAAGAAAUUGCUCAGCUGGUCAGCGUUCACGGUGCGGACGCCCAGACCCAUCUGCUGCGCUGUCUGUUCUCGCACGUCGUCUGCGACGGCAGCCGGAGCGUUGCCAAGGACAACCCGCAGCUGCAGCUGCUGCAGCAGGAGUGCGCCAGCCUCGCCACCCGGCCCAACUUCGUCCACCUACUCUGUUACGCCGUCGACCACCGUGCCUUCAGGCAAAAGAAUCGUCCUGCUCAGUUCCUCCAGGGGCUGUCAAAAACGCUCAAGCUGAAGAAGUCAGAAGAAGUUGCCUUUGCGAUCGCACUUCUCCACUCAAAGGACAUCGAAACAAGCCAACAAGCUGAGCAGUUCAUCCAGCAGAAACUUCCUGACCUCAUCAAGAACUACAUCGAUUCGGCCGACUGUUCGAGCUUCGCUGAGGAGGGCGGCCUGCACGAGUCGUCGCCGGAGCUGCUGCACCGGCUCGUCUCCUGGCUGCUGUACGCGCCGCCCGAGCAGCUCGACAAGGCGGCCGACUCUCAGGAGGCGUUCGUCGAGGCGGUGCGCAAAGACUUCCCGCGCGAGCUGGUGCCGGCCGUUCUAGCGCCGCUCAUCUACUCGGAGAGCGCUGACAUCCCCGUCGACAAGAUCCGGAGCCCAGCCAACAUGGCCAAAAACCUGCUGGACGGCUCGCUGGCCGACUUCGUGCUGGAGGUGGGCUACAACCUGUGCGCCUCGGUGGAAGAGUGCCGCCGCCACCUGGUGAACCACGGUGCCUCCGAAGUGACGGCGCCGGCGGUGGCGCGCUGCCUGGGCGCCAUGGUGCGCACCUACACGGGCCUGGCCGACCAGGUGCCCAUCCAGAGCCUGCAGCCGGCCGCCUCCAUCUGGGCGGCCGACAAGCCCAAGGACGGGCCGCAGACCUGGAACGUGGACGUGUUCGUCAAGGCUGUUCACGAGCUGGCGCCGUCGAUCCAGUGGAAGGAGGUGGUGUACCACCUGGACCACCCGGGCUUCCAGGUGAAGGACCGGAUGGCGCUGCGGCUGCUGACGCAGGCGCUCCAGCUGGGCCUCCAGCUGCAGGGCGCUCGCGCCGACGCCUUCCCCGUCGGGGUGCUGUACCGCGUCUGGAAGAACGCUGACAGCCAGCUGUCGUACAUCAACCAGAUCCUGAAGAAUCCCGACGUGUUCUGCUUGGCCGACUACCAGUGCUACAUGGUGGACGUGGCGCAGCUCAAGGUGCCGCCGGAGAAGGACAACAAGGAGCUGAACACAUGGCGGUGCACGGAGCUGAUGCAGCUGCUGCUGCACCUGGCUGACAGCGGCCACACUUGCGCCGUCCAGGAGCUCCUCAAGUUCCCCAAGCAGAGCGGGCAGGACGUGCUGGCGCUCAACCUGCUGGCGACCGGCAGCAGCUCGGACCUCGCCCAGGAGCUGCUCUCCAACCUCUUCCUCGUCUUCCUCACCGGCCACCACCCGAACAGCGCGGCCGUGCUGCACCAGGCCUGGCACACGCCGCAGAACACGAGCGCCGUGCGCACCAUGCUGAUGCACACCAUGGCCGAGUGGUACCGUCAGGGCGAGAACGACCAGGGCCGACUGUCGCGCAUCCUGGACGUGGCGCAGGACCUCAAGGCGCUGUCGUUGCUGCUGAACUACCAGGCCAUGCCGUUCGUCAUCGAUCUGGCGUGCCUGGCCUCGCGCCGCGAGUACCUGAAGCUGGACAAGUGGCUAUCGGACAAGAUCCACGAGCACGGCGAGGUCUUCAUCACCGCCUGUGUCAAGUUCCUGCAGCGGCGCGUCUCUCAGAGCCUGGGUGGGCCGCUGAAGGAGCUGGAGCCGCCGCUGAAGGCGCUGGAGCCGCCGCUGAAGGCGCCGCUGCCGCCCGAGAUGGUGGCCACCAUGCUGAGCGUGCUGCACGCGCGGGCGCCGGCCGCCGGCGUCAGCCAGGAGCUGAACGAGGCCAUCCUGACGAUGGUGGGCAACGCGAGCCAGGCGCUGCUGAGCCGGCCGCGCCAGCCGCCGCCGGGCGUGGCGCGGCCGGCGCCGGCUGGGCCGCCGCGUCCGCUUGACACCGGCUUUGGCCAGGCCAGCCUCCCCAGCCAGCUGUUCCCGGCGCUGGGCAGCGAAUCGCUGGUGGGUGGUCUGGGCACCAGUAUGGCAGGCCUCGGCUUGGGCGGCGGCUCCGGCAGCGCCGCGGGCGUCCCCACCUCCAGCGGCGGCCUGCGGAGGACCUCGCCCUUCACGCUUCCCGGCUCCGUCGGCUCCUCGGCUGCCGGUGGCGGCGGCCGCGGCGCCCAGGCCUCGCUGCUCUCAUCGCUGACGCCACCGGCCGUCUCAGGACUGUUCGGCGCAGCUGCCACCGGCGGCGGCGGCAGUGGCGCCGGGCCGCCCACCUCCGCCCUGCAUGGGCUCGCCCGCAGCGCGCAGUCCGACGUCGGGCCGUUCCAGUCGGAGGCGGCCGCGCUCUCCAAGGAGGUGGAGGAGGAGGCCAACAGCAACUUUCAGCGCAUCUACAACCACCCGCCGCAUCCGACACUCUCCAUCGAGGAAGUGCUCGACAUGCUGAAGCGGUUCCAGGACAGCAACGUCCCGCGGGAGCGCGAGGUUUUUGCCUGCAUGCUGCGCAGCCUGAUGGACGAGUACAAGUUCUUCCCGCAAUAUCCCGACAAGGAGCUGUAUAUCACGGCACAGCUGUUCGGCGGCAUCAUUGAACACAACCUAGUCACGGACUACAUAGGUCUGGGCCUGGCGCUGCGCUACGUGCUGGAUGCCGUGAAGAAGCCGCCCGGCUCCAAGAUGUACAACUUUGGCAUCGUAGCGCUGGACCGCUUCAAGCACCGGCUGAGAGAGUACCCGCAGUACUGCCAGCACCUGGCCACCGUCGAGCACUUCAGCCAGUUCCCGCGACACUUGGUGGACUACGUGGAGUGCGGGAUGCGCUCCCAGGAGCCGCUGAGCCGGCCGGACGGCCCCGUGCUGCCGCCUCACCUGCAGGCGCUGGUGGCCGACGGUGGCGCGCCGCCGGCCUCGUCGGCGCCGUCGGCGGCGGUGACGGCGGCGCCGGCGCCGGCGCCGCGCGCCACCCUGGUCACCACGGCGCUGGUGUCGGGCCGGCCGUCCAUCGCCAACACGACCAACAUCGAGACGCUGGUGAACGCGCUGCCGGAGGAGACGGCGCCCAGCGAGGCCGUCCAGGACAAGGUCGGCUUCAUUUUCAACAACCUCAGCCAGCUCAACCUCAGCCAGAAGUGUGAAGAGCUGCUGGAGCUGAUGGACAAGGAGUACUGGUCGUGGUUCUCUCAGUACGUCGUCAUGCGACGUGUGAGCAUCGAGCCCAACUUCCACACGCUGUACGCGAACUUCCUGGACGCCAUGAGGCUUCCCGAGCUGGUGCAGACGGUAGUGCGCGAGCUGCACAGGAACAUCCAGGUACUGCUGCGGGCAGACAAGGGCGUGGAGAAGUUCAACGAUCGUACAAUACUCAAGAACCUGGGCCACUGGCUAGGACUCAUGACCAUCGCCAAGAACAAGCCCAUUCUUCAGGUCGACCUGGACCUGAAGGCCCUGGUCGUGGAGGCCUACCACCUGGGAAUGCACGAGCUUCUGUACAUCGUGCCUUUCGUCGCCAAGGUUCUCGAAUCGUGCGCCAAAUCGAAGAUAUUUAAGCCGCCCAACCCGUGGACGAUGGGUCUUAUGAACCUGCUGGCCGAACUACAUCAAGAGCGUGACCUGAAACUCAACCUCAAGUUCGAGGUGGAGGUCCUCUGCAAGACACUCUCUCUCGACGUGAACGAGCUGAAGCCCAGCAACUGGUUGCGCGAUCCGCUGCGGCUGCAGCGGCUGCCACUGCAGCUGAAGCGGCCGGGGCCGACCGUCGCUGCUCCGCCGCCUCCGCCUCCUGCGCCGCCGCCGGCGCUGCUGCCGCCGACCGCCGUCGAGCCGCGCUUCGGCUUCGGCGACCUCAACACGUCCAGCAUCGGCGGCCUGGCGCCGCACAUCACCAUCAGUGUGGCGCUGCCGCUGUUCCAGUCGAACCCGCAGCUGAAGCAGAUCGUGCUGCCGGCCGUGGAGCGUACCGUCCAGGACUGGCUGCCGCGAGCCGUCGAGCGCAACUGCAAGCUGGCGGUCAACACGGUGGAGCAGGUGGUGAAGAAGGACUUCGCGCUGGAUCCGGACGAGAUGAAGAUGCGCACGGCCGCCCAGCAGAUGGUGAUGAAUCUGACGGCCGGGCUGACGCUCAUCAACUGCCGCGACCACCUCACAGUCUCCAUAAGCAACAACAUCAAGUCGUCCCUGCUCUCAACAGUCCGAGCUGCCACGCCGCAGCAGAAGGAGUUCAUGGAGCAGACGGCCAACAUGGUGGCGGCCGAUAACGUGGAGCUGGCCUGCUGCUUCAUCCAGAAGACGGCUGUCGAAAAGGCCAUCCUCGAGAUCGACAAGCGACUGGCUGGGGAGUACGAGCUGCGCAAGCUGGCGCGCGCCGAGGGCCGCCGCUUCCGGGAGCCGGUCGCCGCCGGCUACCAGGAGUCGCGCAUGCCAGAGCCCAUCCGACUCAAGAUGAUGAGCCCCCAGCAGAUGGCCGUGUACGAGGAGUUCACACGAGUGGUGCCCGGCUUCGCGCUGAGCGGCGAGCCGCCGCCGCCGCAGCUCGCCGGCCUGCCGGCCCGCUCGGCUCAGCCGCCGCCGCCGCUGCCACUGCGCCCCACGCAGCCGCCGCCGCCGCUGCCGCCUCUGCCGCCCGGGCCGCCACAACCGGGCGACGAGCUGGGCGCCAUCAUGGACAAGGUGGCACUGGAGCUGCAGGCCGUCGUGCAGGCGCUGCACCCGGCGGCGACGGGCAGCGCGUACGCGCAGACGCUGGGCCGGCUGGCUGAGGACGUGACGCUGGCCAGGACGUCGCGGGAUGUCAACACGCACGUGCACCUCAUCAAGCUGGCCGUGGAGGGCCUGCUGGAGCACACGCCUCAGCUGCCGGCGGACUCGGAGAUGGGCCUGCGGUACCGUGACAGUCACCUGCUCGUGCUGCGGGCGCUGCAGAACCCGCGCGUCUACGGCAUUCAGUGGGUCCAGAAACACGUCACCAGUUUCGUCUCCGAGUGCCGCGUGGACGUGCGUCUGAACGGCGACGCGCUCGAGGUGCUGGUCCGCUCCGGUCUGGUGUCGCUGCCGCAGCUGGACGCCCAGCUGGCGCACGCCAUGGAGACGGGCAACUACAACGCCGUCUUCCUAGUGAUGCAGCUGCUGCAGGCGUUCUUCAUCGACGAUCGGGUGUCGAUUGUCACCGAGAAUGACCUAGUCAACACCAUCGAGGCCCUGAGCAAGAUCGCGCAACAGCCCGGCUGUCCGGAGAACAUCCCGCACCUGCUGGAAAUGGUCCGAGGCGGAGGCGGCAGCGGCGGCGUGGGCCACGAGGUGCCGUUCACGCCCGACCGCAGUCCGGGCGGCCCCACCGCCCACAUCCACAAGGGCAUCUCGCAGGCGCGCGAGUUCGACGACCCGCCCGGCAUGCAGGAGAAGACCGAGUACCUGCUGAGGGAGUGGGUGCAGCUGUACCACGCGCCUACCUCUGGCCGAGAUUCCACCAAGGCCUUCACCAACAUUGUGCAUCAGAUGAACGUGCAGGGCAUCCUGAAGACGGACGACCUGAUCACGCGCUUCUUCCGGCUGUCGACGCAGAUGUGCGUGGACCUGUGCUACCGGGCGCUCACCGACCCGGCCGCCAUGACGCCGGCUAUGGUGCGCGCCAAGUGUUUCCGCACGCUGGACGCCUUCGUGCGCCUGAUCGCGCUGCUGGUCAAGCACAGCGGCGAGUCGCCGCACGCCGUCUCCAAGAUCAACCUGCUUAACAAGGUGCUCGGCAUCGUGACAGGAGUGCUGCUGCAGGACCACGAGGUGCGCAAGACCGAGUUCCAGCAGCUGCCCUACCACCGCAUCUUCAUCAUGCUGCUGCUGGAGCUCAACGCGCCGGAGACGGUCCUGGAAGCCAUUAACUUCCAGGUGCUGACGGCAUUCUGCAACGUGCUGCACAUCCUGCGGCCGGAGAAGGCGCCCGGGUUCGCGUACGCCUGGCUCGACAUCGUCUCGCACCGGGUGUUCAUCGGCCGCAUGCUGGCCGUCACGCCACAGCACAAGGGCUGGGGGCCGUACGCGCAGCUGCUGAUCGACCUGUUCAACUUCCUGUCGCCGUUCCUACGCAACGCUGAGCUGGCCAAGCCCAUCACCAUCCUGUACAAGGGCUGCCUGCGCGUGCUGCUGGUGCUGCUGCACGACUUCCCCGAGUUCCUCUGCGACUACCAUUACAACUUCUGCGACGUCAUCCCGCCGAACUGUAUCCAGAUGCGCAACCUGGUGCUGUCGGCGUUCCCGCGAAACAUGCCGCCGCCGGAUCCGUUCACCAGCAAGCUGCAGGUGGACAUGAUCCCCGAGAUCCGCGAGGCGCCCAUGAUCCAGACCAACUUCGCCUCGCUCAUCCAGCCGCCCAGCUUCAAAAACGAGCUGGACACGUACCUGAAGACGCGCACGCCGGUAACGUUCGUCACGGACCUGCGCUCGACGCUGCAGACGGCCGCCGAGCCCGGCUGCCGCUACAACAUCCAGCUGAUCAACGCGCUGGUGCUGUACGUGGGCACGCAGGCGAUCACCGCCAUCCAGAGCAAGGGGCUGCAGCCGAGCAAGCAGACCAUCACGCACAGUUCGCACAUGGACAUCUUCCAGAGCCUGGCUGUUGAUCUGGACACUGAGGGCCGGUACCUGUUCCUGAACGCCAUCGCCAACCAGCUGCGCUACCCGAACAGCCACACCAACUACUUCCUCAACCUGCUGCUCUACCUGUUCGCUGAGGCCAACACGGCUGCCAUCCAGGAGCAGAUCACCAGGGUGCUGCUGGAGCGGCUGAUCGUCAACCGGCCGCACCCGUGGGGCCUGCUCAUCACUUUCAUCGAGCUCAUCAAGAACCCGACAUUCAACUUCUGGAACCACGAGUUCGUGCACUGCGCGCCCGAGAUCGAGAAACUGUUCGACAGCGUGGCGCGCUCGUGCGCCGCCCAGGGCCAGAAGGUGACGGCGCUGCGCGGUGGCGGCCAGCAGACGGUGGGCGGCGCUGAGUAACACCCGGAGGUGUGACCCGAUCUGACCCGGCCCGGACUGACUCCUGCCUAGUGAGGACCUGGCCCGCUUGCCCGGGACGUGGGCGCUCGGCCGCGCCGUGGCGGGUGAUGAGUGGGCCGGCGGCGGCCGCCG